GAAAGCUACAGAUCUGUUGCUGAACGUUUUGAUAUGAGUAAGUCAGAUUUGUGGCUUGCUUUUGUCAAAGUCGUUUCAGCAUUAAAUACAAUUUCUCCAGAAGUAAUUGUAUGGCCGAACAGAGAAAAUCGUCAACAGACAGUACAAUCAUUUCAAAAUGUCGCUGGUCUUCGUGGCGUUGUUGGAGAUGUCCAUGGGACGUAUAUCAGAAUCAAAACACCACAAGUAUACCCACAAUCGUAUACUUGUCGUAAAUUCUAUUCGGCUAUUACUUUACAAGGAAUUAGUAACAACAAUUUGUAUUUUUUAGAUUGUUUUACCGGGUAUCCUGGUUCAGUUGCUGAUAUUCGAAUUUUUCGUCAAUCUGAUAUCUACAACGAAUUGACUAACGAUCGUCAGUUGUUUUUGGAUGAUGAUCAAUUUAUCAUAGGUGACAAGGCCUAUCCACUUGAACCGUGGUGUAUCACGCCAUGGGUUGCUAAUCGUGUUUCAACACCUCGUGAAAUAAAUUUCAAUACAGCUCAUGCCAGAACUCGUACUGCGAUUGAACGAGCUUGGGCAUUAUUUUUCGGACGAUUUCGUCGUAUGCAAUAUCUUGAUAUGAGCCGCAUUGAUCUUAUUCCAUCGACAAUAAUUGCUUGUUGUGUGCUGCAAAACAUUUGUCGUAUGGAUCCUAAUAGUUUAAUAGAAUUGUUCGAGCAAGAAGGACAAAUUUUUAUGGGUGCGGACAAUCCAGAUAAUCAAAAUGAUAGACAUGAGGAUGAUGUGGCUCCUUAUGUUGCUAAUGAAACUGGUGAAUCACGACGGGAACGACUAGCUAACGAAGUCAUGGAUUUAUAA